AUGACAGACGUCGAUAGUGCUGCAACGAUGUUCUUGUUAGUUAAGAGCAACAUUAAUUACUACUCGAUGCACCAUGACAGCAGUGCUUGGUUCUUAUCUACACUAAAUAAUAUCGAAUGUUCAGAUCAAACGUUUUUAUGUAAAGGCAAAAAAAUACAUUUAGAAUGGAUUCUGUGGAUGGUACCAAUUUAUUCCUUAAAUUCGUGGAUCGCACUCCGUUUUCCAAAAAUUGGAUUCUAUUUUGAUACUGUUAGACGCUGCUAUGAAGCGUACGUGUUAUACAACUUCAUGGUUUACCUCUUAAACUUUCUGAAAACGGAAUAUGACAUUGUUGCAAGACUACAGGAGAAGCCCCAAAUAACUCAUGUUUUCCCAUUUUGUAAACUUAAGGCAUGGAAGAACGGCAGGCCCUUCCUAAUUAGGUGUAAACAAGGAGUACUAACUUACGUUGUCAUUAUGCCUCUAACAACAUUAAUUGCUUUAGGUUGUCAUCUCGCUGGAGCUUAUCACGAAGGAGAAUUUAACUUUGCUUAUCCAUAUCCUUACAUAAUAAUUAUUGAUAACUUUACGCAACUGAUCGCUUUGUAUUGUCUAACGUUGUUCUACAAAGCCUUUAAAGAAGAAUUAAAACCAAUUAAACCCAUUGGAAAAUUUGCUGCAAUCAAAUUUAUAAUUUUCUUUUCAUUCUGGCAAGACUGCUUCAUUUCAGUACUGGUUGACACCGGAGUUAUUAGGGCUAAUAAGCAGUGGAAUUUUUACGACCCUGAGCUAGUUGCCAAAGGUUUACAGAACUUCCUUAUAUGUAUCGAAAUGUUUAUAGUUGCCCUAUUACACUACUUUGUCUUUUCUCAUAAACCUUAUAUCGACGGAGCGGCACCUCAUACUUCGUUAUAUACAUCCUUCAUGAGUAUGUGGGAUGUUUCCGAUGUUCACCAGGAUGUCGUUGAACAUAUGAAAGGCGUUGGCAAAUUUAAUCUUUUGGGCAGAGCUAAACGGAGCCGAAACCCAAUGGAAGUUAAUCUCUUAGCUGAAGAGACUGAACUUAAUGAAGCAGAAACUAGCAGAUUACUUGAAAAUACUGGUAGCGAUUCAGCUAAUGCACGUACUGAUGGUAUCAAUGAAAGUGAAACUGCUGUUAUCAUUAGUGGUGCUCCUGAUAACAAAGUGGAUGAUUUACGUAGUGGUGUGACUGAGUGA